UAUUACUUGGGUAGAACUGAACCGAUUUGGGUUUGGGGAGGUACAUGUAUCAAUUCACCAAAUUUAGUUUAAAAGGUGUUUAGUUACUAAAAUCUGUAAAGAUUUAAUCGACCAGUUGUCUAUGUGUCAAGUUAACAUUAAUUACGUAUAUACGAAGGGAUUUUUUUUAUCAAAACAGUUAAAUAAGUAUGUUCGACUGAUCUGAUUUAGAUGAAGUGAACUCAUAAAUAAUGGUUCUAGUGUUUCUUAAUUUUUGAAUGUAAUUUUGGACUAAGAAGGUAAGUUCUUCAUUUUGUUUAAGCUUUUGAGAUAAACAAUGUAUACAUUUGUUAAUAAUAUACAUAAACAAAGUUUUCUUGUAUCCUUGCAUGCUUGGGCAUUACAGGAUCUUCUAGAUUUAUACUGAUCACAAUUAUAAACAUACCCUUAUAAUGUUUCUCAUACUGCAGUAGUAACAUUAUUUGAAUACUUAAUCUUUGAUUUAAAGAGAUUUAAAUGCUUUUAUAUUUACCAUCAACUAAAUCUAUACUAUUUUUCUCAAUGGUUUAAAUAAACAUCAAAACCUUACAAUUUGAAUGUAAUUGUAAAGUGUAAAUGGAUUUAACAGGAAGAAUAAAUGACCUAAAAUUCAUAUAAAGCCUAUUUUGGCAAUCUGCUUGUUAUUGUUAAUAUAAUAAAUGUAGCACAAAUCAGCUGAAGUGCGCAUGUUAAGAUUACUUAAGUGUCCUUUGUACGAAACUAUUGAGUCUAGUGUAGAUAAUGGUUUGAUUUACGGACUAAACUUUUGUCUUUUUCAUGUGUUGGAAUAGCGCCAGCAUUUUGUAUAGAUAGAACAACUGCAAUUCAAACGGACAAGUAAUGUUAGAUCGGUUUUAUUCAGUUAUUUGUUACAAAUGGAUUAUUUAAAGAUAGUAUUUGUCAUGAAAUAACGCUGUCGUGGCUAUUGUCGUCCUUUGUUAAGGAAUUAGUGCGUAAAUUAUUGCUCAGAUUCAGAUAUUAAAGAACCAGUCAGCUUUUAGAACGAUAACGCAAACAUUGAAGUCAAUAAGACAUAAAAGCAAAUACUUGUGAAUAUUGACACGGAUUAUUACGAUAUUUAAAUAUUGUCAACGUAUAUCCUUUUCUUAUAGCAACUAAUUAUGGACACCGUUAAGCGUAUACAAGAUACCAGUUUACGUGUCAGCAUGUUCAGCGACUAAACAGAAAAAGCUAUAAACUCAUUAAAAUGUGGCAUUUCAAACGAUUCACCGCCAGAAUUCGGAAAUGUUAUUGUCAACGUAUUUUGUCGAAAGGACGAAAAUCUUCUUGAACUACAACACAUUCAUUUUAAAGAAUUGGAUAAAGACAAAGUUAUUGAAACGCAUAUGUCGAUGAAAAGGUUUAAGAAAAAAGUUUUUACGAACAUGAAAGAAGGAUUCAAAACGCCCAUCAUAUUUGUUGCGUCAUCAAACGCAUACAGCAAAACGAGAGAAAUACCAGAAUUCUUUGGACGUUUGGUAAUAUUAAUCAAUGAUGAUCCGACGAGCCAAAAAGAUUACUGUAAGGCUGGAGACGCACAUAUCUGGGUUUCAUCGAAGGAAUCAUUUGCAGAAGAUGCUAGUGACAUGCUCGAAAUGUGUACACUAGGUUAUAUCAAGGAGAGAACAGAACUACUGUAUGUGAUGUCUAACGCAUGUAAUAACAGAGAUUAUUUUCAGAAACUUAACAAGUUCAACAUGUCUGGAGCAAAACACCAGUCACUCCAAUAAAAAUGACAAAGACAUUCUACGGAGAAGAUAAAGCUAUGUCUAGCAGCUUUGAUCGACAGGUAAGCAUGGAUGUUCGUGACUUUUUGACAGUUAGCGCCGACGAACAUUUACAACUUGUCGAUGACCUUCGACAGUCAGUACUAGACCUACAUGGAGAAACAUUGUGUAUGUACGCACGCAGCAACGUGCACAAGAGUGAAAAGCCUAAAUCCAGGAACAUCGGAACAAAAGUGGACCAUUGCAUUGCUGAUGCAAUAUUUAACGAGGUUGAAGAAAUCGAAACGAUGGGAAACAGGUUCGGAACAUUUUUAUUCUUUGUAGGAAAUGCUGAAAGAUACGACGAAGAACAAAAACAACAAAUUAUACAUCGACUAAAUGAGUGUCUUGAAAAAAAGACCAUUCAUCUAGGCAAUUAUCUUGUUAGAUUUGGCACAAAAUAAAUUAGGUU